AUGGACUCAUCAAUAUACUCUCAUGCUUUUGAUCUGUGGUCAAGGGCAGAUUUGGCAGAUUUACAGAAACAACUAGAUAAAGAUGUUAUAGUAGUGAAGGAUAACGAGACACAGUCUCUUGAAUCUAGAAAGCAACUUGCUACUGAGACCAAAAAAUUUAAAAAAUUGGAAUCUGAAGAGAAACUGGGCAGUGUCAAUAAAAUCAUUAAACAAUACCAACAAGAAAUUGAUAAUCUGACAAAAAGGUCCAAAUUUUCAGAGGUUAUUCUUUUAGAUAUUUAUGCUAAAUUAGCAGAGGCUCCAGAUCCUAAGCCUUUAUUACAACAUUCCUUAGAGAAACUUAGCAAAGUCGAUGAUUCUAAGGAAUUGAAAGAGAAAGUGGAAGUCUUAGAGGAUAAAUUAGCCAAAUACGCUGAUUACGAUAAUUUGAAAUCGAGACUAUUAGAUUUAGAGCAGAAUUCCGCUGUUACUACAGCCAAGAGGCUAAGCGCCAAAGAACAGGAGAUAAAUUCCACCUGGAAUGAAAGACAAAGAAAUUGGAACCAAAGAGAGACAGAUUUGACUAAACAGUUAGAAUCUUUGACCUCUAAUAAUAAGGCAUUGGAAUCGAAGAUUUCUAAACAAGUCGAGUUUGGUGGCGCUAGUAGCGAAGAGACCAACAGAACAAAUGGUGCAAUGGAGUCCAAGAACUACACGGAUUCUUCAGAAUACAACUUAUUGGCACAAGAAUUAGAAUCUUCACACUCAAGAGUGCUACAGUUAGAGAAGAGAAAUGAAGAGUUAAAUGGCCUCUUAGCUAAGGCUACUAGCACAGCAGAGCAGGAAUCUCAAUUGCAAUCUAGAGAAACUAAGAUAAAACAUUUGGAAAGUGAGAAUGCUCUUUUGAGUGCAUCUUUGGAACGUGAACGUAGUUCUCAUACCAAGCUACAAACCGAAUUGAGCGAGCAGUUGAAAUCCUUACAAGCAGAAACUACAUAUUACAAGACUGAAGUUUCUAACAUUAGAAUGAAAUUGGACAAUUAUGCAGAUUACAACAAAUUGAAGGAAGAGUUAUCAGCUUUGAGAAGAAUAGAAUUUGGUGCCGACGACGAAGAUGGUGAAACAAAUGGUGAUGAUACCAACACUCACGAUAAAGUGGAAUCAAGUUUGAUAUCUGCCAAUAAAAAACUGCAAGCCAAUUUAGCAGAUUUACGUGUAAAAUGUUCCAACUACGAGGAGAACGUUACUAGUCUAGAGACAAAGGUGAAUCAUUUGGAGAAGAAAGUGACAGAAUUGGAACAAUUGAAUAAUAAACUAGAAUUGGAUCUACAAAAGAUUGAAGAAGUGGAUGCAGGUUUCAACGAUACUAAUAGUAUGAUCUCUGGAAUCACAAGACAAGUUAAAAGUAGAACUGUCCCACAAAAUGGUGGCAGCGGCAAGUUGUCACCAACCACAUCCAUUGUGGGCAUACCAGAAGAAACUGAAGUAAAUGCAUCUACAAACAAUAAUACUAUUCUACCCAUUGUGACAAAACAAAGGGACAGAUUCCGUAGUAAAAAUGUAGAAUUGGAAAAACAAUUGAGGCAGAACGGUGUAGAAAGAAAUAAGUUGAAGACCGAAAUUGCUAAAUUGAAGACAGAUAACGGUAAAUUGUACGAACGUAUACGUUACUUGACCAGUUAUACACAAACUAGUACUAAUGAUAUGACCAAUACAUCAUCAUCAGCGGCAUUGUCACUUGUCGAUACGGAAGCUCAAUAUUCACAUACCUAUGAGGAUUCACUAAAUCCAUUGAACAGUUUCAAGAAAAAAGAAAUGGAAUAUUACAGAAAGAACAAAUUAUCCAUAUGGGAAAGGCUGUUCUCUAGUUUUGCGAAGGUCAUUUUGGCCAACAGAAAAACAAGAAUGGCAUUUUUACUGUAUUGCAUCGGUUCACAUGCUCUGGUUUUCAUGAUGAGCAUCUAUGUGAUUAAUUUAAGCGGUAAGACGAAGCCAGAACUCGGGGUGAUCAACCCACCAACACAACCUGUGGCCGCACCUGCCAAUUUAAUGGCUAAUGGUGGUGCAGCUAUCGGCAAUCCUGGAGUCGGAGCAGGGGCAGGAGCAGGAGCAGGAGCAGGUAUUGGAAACGGUAUGGUUCGAGGUGUACAGGUAUAG